GCUCCCGGAGCGUUUCAUCCCUAAAGCUCGCCUUUCAUGUCACAGUGGCGCUGCUUGUAUGUGCGGGGACGCAGCCAAUCUCUUCCUCAUGACGCCACCGAGGCUGGGCUCAGAUGUCUAAGAUUUAACAGACCCACCCUGAAUGAACACUUGGAGGGAGAGACAAGGUGGUGCUGAGAGGACAAAAUCACGACCUGGAUCGCAACACCUGCCAGGCAGCAUCUGAUUUCACUUCAACGACGCUCGCAGUAGGAAAAGAAGAAGUGGGGCAGCAUCCGAGCAUCUCGCCGAUAACAUCCUCUUUUUACGGAAUGUUUUUCUUCUUCUUCUUCUUCUUCUUCUUCAAAUUUUGGUCUUAGAAAUUAACUGCAGAUAUCACUGGAAAGCGGAUUAAGUGAAAUCUACCUCUGCUGUGACUUUACAUUUGAACAGAAAGCAGUUAUGGCUCGUUUGAUGUCUCACUCCGCGGUGGGAAGCAGGUUCAAGGAAGAGCAUCGAUGCGUUUAACGGGACCCUGCUCCUCUUUGUUACAUCUUCUGAAACAUUUAUUCCCACCGCCGUCCUCCUGACACAAACAUCCAGCUCAAGAAGGCAGCACAUGAAGAGCGCUUUACAUGCACCUGUCAGGACAUGAAGAUUUUGGACUACUGCAAAUUAAAUAUGACUCCUAAAUAUGAUGGGAUUCCUAGCGCUUGUUGUGAGUAAAAUGGUAAUAGAAGAUAGUUAUAUUGCUGCUUUCUCAUAGCAUUCCACUGUUGGACCACAAAAGCCUGAUCUGUUUGUACGGAGACCAAAUAAGAUAGUGCAUAAAUAACCAUGAUAUUGUUUCGUAAAUUCAGAGUGUUGAUCCUCAUGGUGUUUUUAGUUGCGUGCACUCUGCACAUCAUGAUAGACUUGCUGCCAAAGCUGGAGAAAAGAGCUGCCGGAGCGGACGGCGAGGAGGGCGGCUGCCAGUGCGCGCAGCACCCGGCCAGGGACUCUCAAGGCUGGGGGAAGCAGCGCGCCAGAUCGGCCGCCGAGGCGGGCUGGCCUAACAAGCACACGCUGAGGAUCUUGCAGGAUUUCAGCAACGAGCCCAGCUCAAACCUCACGUCCCACUCGCUGGAAAAGAGCGCGGCGGGCGUGGACAGAGCCGGGGACUCCCGCGGGCGAACGGGACCGUCGGCAAAAGAGCACAAGCCUCUCAUGGGUGACGCGAGCGUGGGUCGCACCGCCUCUGCCCAGGCUCUCUCUCGGUUGUCGGCUUUGUUUGAGCAUCCCUUAUACAAGGUUGACCUUCCUCCACUCACGGAUGAUGAUACUUUGUUUAACGUCAACAAUGAUAUCAGGUUUUAUCCGAGAGCCACGGGAAACCAGGGAUGGCAUAACGAGGAGGGGAACGAGGACGAAGACGACUUUUCUCCAACUGCUGAGGCGACAGCAGAAUCCUACCCCAAUUGGCUCCGUUUCCACAUCGGGAUCAACAGAUACGAGCUGUACCCCAGGCACAGCCCCGUGCUGGACGCCCUGCUGAAAGACCUGGUCACUCAGCGGAUCACCAGCGUUGCCAUGAAAUCCGGAGGCACCCAGCUGAAGUUGAUCAUGACUUUCCAGAACUAUGGACAAGCGCUGUUCAAGCCCAUGAAGCAGACCAGAGAGCAGGAAACGCCUCCAGAUUUCUUCUACUUCUCCGACUUUGAGAGACACAAUGCUGAGAUUGCUGCUUUCCACCUGGACAGGGUCCUUGACUUUCGCAGAGUGCCUCCUGUGGCGGGGCGACUGGUCAACAUGACAAGCGAGAUCAGAGACGUGACGCGUGACAAGAAGCUGUGGAGGACCUUCUUCAUUUCACCAGCCAACAAUGUCUGCUUCUACGGCGAAUGCUCCUACUACUGCUCCACGGAGCAUGCUCUGUGCGGUAAACCAGACCAGAUCGAAGGCUCCUUAGCAGCUUUCCUACCCGAUCUGAGUCUGGCCAAACGCAAGACGUGGAGAAACCCCUGGAGACGCUCCUAUCACAAGCGCAAGAAAGCAGAAUGGGAAGUGGAUCCAGAUUAUUGUGACGAGGUGAAGCAGACACCUCCGUAUGAUCGUGGCACCAGACUGCUGGACGUCAUGGACAUGACCAUCUUUGAUUUCUUAAUGGGCAACAUGGAUCGUCAUCAUUAUGAAACUUUUGAGAAGUUUGGAAAUGAAACUUUCAUCAUUCACCUCGAUAAUGGAAGGGGAUUUGGAAAACACUCGCAUGAUGAGCUGUCCAUCCUCGUACCGCUCAGCCAGUGCUGCAGGGUCAGGAAGUCCACUUACCUGCGUCUGCAGCUGCUGGCCAAAGAGGAGUACCAGCUGAGUUCCCUGAUGGAGGAGUCUCUGCUGCGAGACCGCCUGACCCCUGUCCUGAUCCGGCCUCACCUGCUUGCCAUGGAUCGGAGGCUCCGGCUGGUUCUGCAGGUUCUGACGGGCUGCAUAGAUAAAGAAGGCUAUGUUAACGUUGUGGAGGAGGACCUUUCUGGGGACACGGUCACUCACAGGGGCCCAGCCCACAGGUAGUGGGGGCGAGAAUCCUCCAGGGUGACAACAUGGACCCCAUGCAGCGUUUGGCUGUUGACCUGUUGGGAUUGGACCAAAAAUCCCACCUCUGAAAUCAAGCUGAAUUCAGUGAAUUCCAAGACUGCCGUCAUUGCCUCUAUAGAAAGUGCUUUUAGGUGUGUUUAUAUAGAAAAUUAUAAUAAUUAUAAUAAAAAUUAAAAAAACAUGUU